CUCAGAGAUCAGAACUUGCAUUCCAUCGAAGAACUCACACCGGGAUGAAGACCUAUUCCUGUUCCAAAUGUGGGAAAUGUUUUAACCACAAAGCUCAUUUUAUGUCCCAUGAAAGAACUCACACGGGGGAGAAGCCGUUCUCCUGCCCCGAGUGUGGGAGAAGUUUUGCAGAGAUAUCGAACCUUACCAAACAUCAGCGUUCUCACACCGGGGAAAAGCCGUUUUCUUGCUCUGAAUGUGGCAAAUCUUUUACCCGGAAAGGAUAUCUUAUUUCCCAUCGCAGGGUUCACACGGGAGAGAAGCCGUACUCUUGUUCCGAAUGUGGCAAAUGUUUUGCAUUUAGGUCGGACCUUGCUAAACACAAACGGAUUCACACCGGCGAUCGUCCGUAUUCGUGUGCCGAGUGCGGGAAAGGCUUUGCCCAGAAGUCAAAUCUGGUUCAGCACCAAAGGGUCCAUGCGGGCGAUCACCCAUAUUCCUGUUCUGAAUGUGGCAAAUGGUUUUCUUGUAAAAGACAUCUGAUUGGGCACCAGAAAACUCACACGGGUGAACGCCCAUACUCAUGUUCCGCGUGUGGGAAAGGUUUCAUCUAUAAAUCGAGCCUGGUGCGGCAUGAGAAGGUCCACAGUGGCGAAGAUCCGUAUUCGUGUUCCGAAUGCGGUGAAUGUUUUACCCGGAAGGCAGACCUCACCUCCCACCGGAGAACUCACAAAGGCCAGAAGAUCUUUUCGUGUUCUGAAUGUGGGAAAAGUUAUUCCCUGAAACAGCAACUGGUCAGACACGUGAAAAUCCACACCGGGGAGAAGCCCUUUUCAUGUUCGGAAUGCGGAAGGUGCUUUACUGAAAAAUGCAUACUUGUCAAACAUCAGAGGACUCACUCCGGGGAGAAGCCUUUCUCGUGUUCCGAAUGCGAGAAGUGUUUUCCGAGCAGGCGUAAUCUCAUCUUACAUCAGAUGACUCAUACGGGGGAGAAGCCGUUUUCAUGUUCCGAAUGCGGCAAGUGUUUUUACUACAAAUCAAACCUUACCACUCAUGAGAAAGUUCACACCCAAGUGAAGCCAUAUUCAUGCUCGGAAUGCGGCAAAUGUUUUUCCCAUCGCUCGUCUCUCAUUGAUCAUGAAAAAGUCCACACGGGGGAGAAGCCAUACACAUGUAAGGAAUGCGGCAGAAGCUUUUCUCACAAGUCUUCACUCAACACUCAUGGAAAGGUUCACACGGGGGAAAAGCCGUACUCGUGCUCUGAAUGUGGCAAGUGUUUUUCGCACAAGUCGUCUCUUAUCAAGCACGAAAAACUGCACGGAGGGGAGAAGCCGUUUUCGUGCAUGGAAUGCGGCAAGUGUUUUUCCCUCAAGUCAAGUCUUGUCGAACAUGUCAAGCUGCACACCGGGUUGAAGCCGUACUUGUGCUCCGAAUGCGGCAAAACUUUUUCCCUCAAGUCAAAUCUCACCAAACACAAAAGAGUUCACACGGGGGAGAAGCCGUAUUCAUGUUCUGAAUGUGGGAGACGGUUUUCAAACAAGUCCUGCUUUAUGAACCUGAUCACGCAUCACCGGAUUCACUCCGGGGAGAAGCCGUUUUCAUGUUCUGAAUGUGGGAGGCUUUUCGCUUGGAGAGCCAGCCUUGUGGAACAUCAGAGGACUCACACGGGAGAGAAGCCAUAUCCGUGUUUGGAGUGCGGGAAAAGUUUUACCCAGAAAACGCAUCUAACCAAACAUCAGAGGACUCACACGGGGGAGAAGCCGUAUUCGUGUUCGGAGUGCGGCAAACAUUUUACAGAGAAGGCCUAUGUCAUCGUACAUGAGAGAACUCACACGGGGGUCAAGCCGUAUUCCUGUACGGAGUGCGGGAAGUGCUUUAACCAGAGGAGCCACUUUAUUGCACAUCAGAGAGCACAUACAGGAGAGAAGCCGUAUUCAUGUGCAGAGUGCGGGAAAAGUUUCACUGAAAGAGCCCAGCUGGCCACGCACCAGCGGUCUCACACAGUCGAGAAGCCAUAUUCCUGCUCUGAAUGUGGCAAGUGUUUUACCCAGAUAGGAAACCUUACGGUACACAUGAAGGCUCAUACCGGGGACAAGCCGUAUUCAUGUUCUGAAUGCGGGAAAUGUUUUAACAAGAAAAGGAACCUGAUCACGCAUCACCGGAUUCACUCCGGGGAGAAGCCGUUUUCAUGUUCUGAAUGUGGGAGGCUUUUCGCUUGGAGAGCCAGCCUUGUGGAACAUCAGAGGACUCACACGGGAGAGAAGCCAUAUCCGUGUUUGGAGUGCGGGAAAAGUUUUACCCAGAAAACGCAUCUAACCAAACAUCAGAGGACUCACACGGGGGAGAAGCCGUAUUCGUGUUCGGAGUGCGGCAAACAUUUUACAGAGAAGACACACGUCAUCGUACAUGAGAGAACUCACUCGGGGGUCAAGCCGUAUCCCUGUACGGAGUGUGGGAAGUGCUUUAACCAGAGGAGCCACUUUAUUGCACAUCAGAGAGCACAUACAGGAGAGAAGCCGUAUUCAUGUGCAGAGUGCGGGAAAAGUUUCACUGAAAGAGCCCAGCUGGCCACGCACCAGAGGAUUCACACGGGGGAGAAGCCCUAUUCAUGUUCGGAAUGCGGGAGAUGUUUUAGCCAACGAGCCAAUCUUAUUGCACAUCAGAGGACUCACACCGGGGAGAAGCCAUAUUCAUGUUUAGUGUGUGGGAAACGGUUUACUCGAAGAGGUUACGUCAUCGAACAUCAGAGAACUCACGUUGGUAACAUUUUACUGAAAGACCGCAAAUUGUCGCACAUCAAAUAAUCUGCAACAGACUGAGACGAGUUUGUGUUGUGUAUGUGGGAGGUGUUUAAAGUGAAAC